AUGGGAAGGUGGGGCUUGCGGUUUCCGGGUGCACUCCGAAUUUACGGUGGAAGGUGGGCCCGACCUGACGGCGAGACCCUCUCGCGCAACCCCUUCUCGUGGAACCGCCGCUUCGGUCUCCUCUUCAUCGACAACCCGCUCAGCACCGGCUUCAGCGCGGCACUGCUACCGGCCGACAUCUCCACGAACCAGUCCGUCAUUGCCGCGCACAUCCUCGCUGCGCUGCAGUCCUUCUACGCCCUCGACGACCUGACCUUCCGCGCGCGGCCCUUCUUCCUCACCAGCAAGAGCUACGCGGGCAAGUACAUCCCCGCGGCGUGGGCGCACAUCCUGGACGCGAACCGGGCGCUGCCGGAGGUGCAGCGCGUGAACCUCCGCGGCGUGGCCAUCGGCAACGGGCUCACGCACCCGGUCGCGCAGGUGGUCACGCACGCUGACUCGGCCUACUUCCUGGGCCUCGUGAACGCGAGGCAGAAGCGGGAGCUGCAGGAGGCGCUGCAGUCCGAGGCGGUGUCGCUGACGCUGGCCGAGCAGUGGGUCGCGGCGGCGGACGCGCGUCUGGUGCUGUCGUGGCUGCAGAACAUGACGGGGCUGACUACGUUGUACGACUACGCGAACCAUCGGGACUACGCGACGGACGCCGUGGGCACGUUCCUGAAUCGCGCCGAGGCCAAGUCCGCGCUGGGCGCGCGCGGGUACGUGGCGUGGGAGGAGUGCAGCGACGCGGUGGGCACGGCGAUGCACGGCGACGUGAUGCGCAGCGUUGUGCCGCAGGCGGAGUCGCUGCUGCGGCGCACCCGCAUGCUGCUGUACCAGGGCGUCCGCGACCUCCGGGACGGCGUCGUGUCCACUGAGGCGUGGCUCGCCGGGGUGCGCUAG